UGAUUUUGCAUUACCGGGUAAGGGAACUGUUAGUAAACAAAACAGUUUUCUUCCCUGUCAGCUCCUGCACACUGCUUUGCAUGGCUGUGCUCAGCAGUGUGCUUACAGUGAAGCACACAAACACAGCCCACAGUAAAACAGCACACAGCUCACAGUUAACCCUUUGAUUGCCCCAGAUGUUAACCCCUCCCUGCCCAGUGCCAUUAGUACAGUGUCAGUGCUUUUUAUUAGCACUGAUCAUUGUGUUGGUGUCACUGGGGAUGUCAGUGACACCAAGUCAGUUCCCCCCCAGUGUCAGAAUGCCUUGCUCAGUCUCGCAGUCCAGCUAU